CUUCUUCUUCUUCUUCUUCUUCUGCUGUUGGCGGUUGGUAAACAACUCUGUCGGGUACCACAGGUGUCAGUGAGUAGCCUAACGCUAGUUACUGUUGGUCCAUUACAUUUGUAGAAGUUACCGUUAUGAAAAAACUCACUCUAAUGUGAAUCUACGCGAUUUUCUCAGCAAGCUCACCGACUUGACAGAAACGUUGGUAUUGUAGGCUACAUAACUUCGUGAAUUUCAGUCUUUGAGGACGCGGUCGGUCGACGGAAAGCCACCGGGUCAACUAAUGUGAAGGCUUGUGUGCCUGACUGCAAUGAUGGUUUGAGCCUACUAUGAAGGAACAAACUCCAAUGAUGGAAACAGAGUUGGAUCACCUGCAAAAAACACAGCAGUGUGGACACAUUCCAGUUUACAGCAGCGGGUUAGUACAACUGGAGCAGCAACUGAAGACACUGAGAUCUGAAUUGGCCAUUAAAUCCAGUCAAACUAAACGGGCUGAGCAGCAGAGGAACCUGGCUCUGAGCAAUGCAGAAAAGCUAUCCAUCACUUUUAAAAACUACAAGCAUGAAGUUAGUGAAAAGUUGACAAAGGUCAUCAAGAGUGAGAAUAGGCUGAAACAGACCUUAAUAGUGUGUGACCAAGAGAGAGCCGAGUUGGAGAAAAGGUGUGCUGAGCUGGAGAGCGAAAAAGGUGAAACGCAUCAAACGAUCCGUCAUCUGAAGGAGAGAUGUGAGGGCGCUGAAGCACAGAAAACGGAAUGCAGUUUGCUCCAGAGCCAGCUACGGGACGCUGAACUGGAAAUGCACAAGAUGAAGAUGGAGCUAAAUCAACAGCAGGAAGAGCUGCGAGGCUUUAAGAAGGAACAACAGCAUUUGAACCAAGUCAUUGCCAGCCAGGAGAGACAUCUGGCUGAGCAGCAGAGGGAGAUUCAUCAGAAAGUUCUGGAGCUACGCAGCCUGGAAGAAAUUCUCCAUCUUUUACAUCUGAGAGAAGGAACAGACAAAGGCCUUUGUGCAAACCCCUGCCUCAUCAUCUCUCCCCCAGGUCUAACCAGCGACCAAGUCCGUUUAAAAACAGGGGAGUGCUACCAGCAACUGCUGUCUGUGCUGCAGCGCUUGACUCAAGAGAGAAAUCAGCAGGCGGAACAGCAGAGAGAACUCCAUGAACAACUGGAGUCAGCACAGAAGCAGUUGAGUUCCAUGGAGACUACGCUUGCCCAACGGGCUAACCACUACCAGAACCUCCAUGCUCAGUUAUUGGACAGAGCCUCGCAGAGCGCAGCCUUAGAAACAGAGCUGAAGAAGAUGAAAUCGUGUCUGGUGACUCUACGGAAACAGUUGUUGGAGAAGAGCUCGGCUUACUCCCAAGCGACGAUGAGGAACUGCCAGUUAGAGCAGCAGCUUCAGGAUCAGAAUAAUGAAAUGAAACGGUGCAAGACUGUCCUUGACCAUAAACAGAGGGAGUUUAAACAAGCCCUUGAGAACAUCCAGAAACUUCACGCUGAAGUGAGGAAGGAACACAUGGACAAGAUAGACAUGCUGCAGUGUUCACUGGAGGGAAAGCAGAAGGAGAUCAAGAUGCUGGAGCAAACUAUAAGCCUGAGACAGAGAGAGCGAGAGGAGGCUCAGCGUGUGGCCAGCCUUUUGCAGGAGUCUCUGGACCAGCUCACACAGAGCGGCCUGGACAAAGAGCAACAGAAUGAGGCGGCGCUACAGCAGUGCAAAGAAAGGGUUUUAGAGUCGGCUGCUAAGGGGAAGAGCCUGCAGGCCGAGCUCAGCUCAUGCCAGGAAGAGCUAGUCCUUUGCCGUCAGAGAAUUCAGGAAGCCAAUCAGGAAUUUCUGAAAAAGUUACAAGUGAAAAGCAACGAGGUGGCGGAGCUGCGUAAAGAGUUGGACUGCGAGCAGAGAGAGAGACACAACGAGGAGAAGGAGGCCAGUCGCCAGGCAGCACAUCUCUCUCGCUCCAUCACGGAGCUGAGGACUGAGAUGAUCAAGUGUCGGGGUGAACUCGCUGACAUGGAGCUGGAGCUGCUCCAGCUAAGGAAGGACGGCAGCUCUAAAGCUUCUCAGCUCUGCCAGCUGGAGGAGGAGCUGCAGCAGACGCAUUGCCAGCUAAAGAAGAAAAGUGAAGCUGUGAUUCAGCUGCAGGAGGAGCUGCAGCGCAGUGAGUUGAGUGAGCGUAACUCGGCACAACGCAUCGAGGUCCUGGAGGAGCAGUUGCAGGUGUUGAGGGCUGAUCUUGCCAGCACGCUGGAGCAUCUUCAAGAGUUGCGCAACGCCCUCCAGUGCACACGGCUCGCCUCUCAACAGCAUCAGGCUGAUGUGGAGAAGCUCUCCAUUGAGCUCCGGGAAUGCCAGAGUGAGCUGGAGCAGAGGAACCAUGAUGUUGUCAGCAUGGACGCCGUGCUGAGGGACCACCAGCAGGAGCUGCAGCAGAGAGCGCACGUGCUGGGCCAGCUAGAUGUGUUGAUCUAUGAACACAACUUGAAAAUGGAGACCAAGGUAUUAUUACUACAAGAAGCCCUGGAGAAGACCGAGACAAAUCUUCAAAACAAAAUUCAACAGAGUCUUCCUGAAGCUGUACCAGCAGGUUGUACUUCAACCUUAUUUGUUGGCUCAGGAUAUCAACCUUGAGAAAGCAGCUGACAUCCAUCAUACAUUGCAGUCUCCUGUGACCGUUGACCCUCGCAGACAGCAGUCUGGACUAGCUGGCACCACCAAACCCAAGGAUGACACAUUUGAGGCAGGACCUGAGUUGACUUCCCUCUCAAGAUUAUCUCUUACUCCCAAUUCAGAAACAGGCUCUGCUGAACACACACACAGAAACAGGCUCUGCUGAACACACACACACACAUUCAGAGAAACGGGCUCUGAUGAACACACACACACACACACACACACACAGAAACAGGCUCUGCUGAACAAACACACACUCAGAGAAACAGGCUCUGAUGAACACACAGAAACAGGCUCUGCUGAACACACACACACACACAGAAACAGGCUCUGCUGAACACACACACACACACACACUCAGAGAAACAGGCUCUGCUGAACAUCAGAUGAAAUGCUUGAAAUGUUUGUUUUUGCAGGUAUGGUCGGCAUGGGACAGUGAUUGAUAGAAAUUGACAUUUUGAUACACAAUGGAAAUUAGGGAAAGAAAUUAUUUGGUGGGAUGGUAUGAAACAUCCCUAAUAAAGAGGCAUUUUGUUUAAAAAAAUACAGACACUCAGAGCACCCUUGCAUGUGAUCUUUCCUCAGGCAAAUUUCUGGACCCAAUAAUGACACAAAUGGAUGCUAUAGUUGUAUUUUUUUGUUUGUGUGUUUGUUUGUGCAAAACAACUAAAAUAUCAUAUAUGAUGAAAUAAUCAACAUGAUGAAAAAGUAGGAUUCAAACUAAUGCACAAAUUAAACAAGUAAAGUUUUAUAAGAUGAGUUUUUGAACGUUUUUUUAUAAGAUGAGUUUUUGAACGUUUUUUUAUAAGAUGAGUUUUUGAACGUACACUUUUCGAAUGUACCUCUCACUGGAACAGACAGCACUUUGCAAGUUUCAACAACAAUGUGUCUGCCUCUGGUCAUGGUUCCAGUACUAAAUGUGGUCUUAUUUUACAUUAAAGAAUAAAAUGAUCAUUUUACCACAAAACA